AUGGAGCUUCCGGUCGUAGAAAAGUUUUGUUUCAUUUUCCAAUUGAAAACUGGAUGUAUGGCUAUAGGAAUUAUUAGUUCGCUGGUAACGUUCGUCCAAGCGGUGAUACUGAUAACAUUUGCUGUGGACAUCAAAGAAGCGUCAGAAUCUAAGCGAGAUGAGAAUGAUAGUAUGUCUUCCGUCGUGUAUACUAUCGUUAUUCUGCUGGUUAUUCUGCUCUUCAUCAAGUUUCUGCUGGAUCUGCUAUUUGUGUAUGCAGUACAUAAGGAAAAGUGUAAUAUAAUCAAAAAGUACUACAUCUUCUGGAUCGUGUUCUUGGUGCUGUUCAUCAUAAGCUUCCUGAAGACCUUGUUCCAUAUGGGUGCUGGACACGUCAUUACGCAGCUUUUCUUUUUGGCCGCAAAUUUCUACUUUCUCGUUAUUAUUCGGAGUUACUGUCUGUCGAUCAACGAGGAUGGCGGUCAUUAA